AGGAGCGGGGGCUGUAUGAGGCCCGGGGGGUCGACCUCGAGUGGGUGACCGUGCCGCAGGGCACCGGGGCCAUGUGCGACAAGCUGGAGGCCAACGAGGUGGACGUGGCCAUCAUGCUCAGCGAGGGGGCCGUGGCGAGGGCAGCCGCGGGAGGCCCCUUCAAGGUUGUGGGCACCUACGUGCAGUCGCCUUUGAGAUGGGGCGUUCACACAAAAAGAGGAAGCGGUAUUAGUAGCAUCGCCGACCUGAAGGGCAAGGUCUUCGGGGUGUCGAGGAUGCUGAGCGGCUCUCACCUGAUGGCCUACGUCAUGGCCCAUGAGCGUGGCUGGGACUUGAGCAAGGAUGCGCCCCUGAAGCUCUGCGGGACCCUCGAUGGUGCUCGCGAGGCGAUGGGCAAGGGAGAGAUAGAUGCGUGGUUGUGGGAGAAGUUCACAACCAAAUUUCUGGUGGACAGCGGGGAGUGGGAUAUCGUGGGCGAAGUGCCCACUCCGUGGCCUUGUUUCCUGAUAGUGGCCUCUGACCGUGCCAUCGAGAGCCACGGGAGGGAGAUCCGCGCAAUAGUCGAAGCCACCAGCCCCGUCUGCAAGGAAUUUAAGGCGAACAGCGGGGGAACCACUUUCGCCUACGUGGCCAAGCACCACGCCUUGCAGGACGAGCAGGACGCUGCGGAAUGGCUGAACGGCACCGAGUGGGCGUGCUCUCUCGAGGUGAACGAGGCGACGCUGCGCAAAACGCAGGCGGCCCUAGUCACCAUAGGGCAGCUGGACCACACCGUUCCCUUCGAGAAGCUGUACGCCGCUUCCAUGUGUAAGCUCGUCGCAUGAGUGCCAGUCGGAGGUUGCCAGAGGUGAUCCUGCCCCAAAGUGUCUCAGGCCUUCCUGCGGCGAUUUGGGCCUCCUGUGGUCCUCUGGGCCUUGGAAGCAGUGCCAUCUGCGCCGCUCUGGAAGAGCUUGACUUACAUUGGUCCAGGGACACCUCUGGUGACCUCCAGGGGGAAGUGGACCGCGGGGAAGUGAGUGUGCGGUCUCUCCCAUACGGCUGGCAGCCGACGCACUCGGCUGUUCGGGCAGACGUCUAUGAGAAAAAUUCGUGGGCGCUCGCGCACACGAGCAUCGCACAUAUCCUAU